AUGUCGACUAGUAGGGCUAUCGCCUCACGCCUCAGGUCCUUCAAGUCUAACGCUGGACCGAGGAUCCUGCAUACCAGUGCGCAACCUCUCGAGGUCGAUGACUUUGAACUUGGCGCCGAGGAAGAUGCGAAAGAGUAUGCAGAGCUUCAAGAGCUUGAGGCCGAAAGACAGAGGGUACGAGAAGAGAACAAGGAGCGUAAGAACAAUGGGUUGGCUCCUCUGGCCCUACCCAGGAAGCGUAAGGCUUCCCGCAGAACACCCGUAAGAAGAGUGAUUCGCCCGUUUGACGGCGACGCAAGUGAUCCCUCGGAAGACGGAACGCAUGCAGAAUGA